AAAGCCAAAGUCUUAUCGCAUCCGCAAACGCCUGCCUGUUUCUGACUUGUUACAUGAACAAGGUCAGUUUGUAUCAAAAUUGGACUCAUAUAUGCAGGCAGAUCCAUAGCUGAAAUAGUGUUUCUGGAAAAUAAAGUAUUAAAGAUCAUCACCACCAUCUAACUUAAAAUGUCAUUGUACUCUCAAAUUUCAUCUGUACUGUACAUUCAUGAUAUUUUUAUCAUGCUUGUAAAGACUUAAACAUGACAUUAAAUUUGGUAUUUCAUUAUUUUUACUGUGCAUUACAUUACAUGAAUCUUGAAAUGUAAACAUUUUAAAUAUGGAAAUGAGGCACUUUUUAGGGAGGCACCCCAUUGUUAUUCAGAGCCAAACUGACAGAAGUUUAUAAACCUCAAGAAAGGAAAUUUGCUCACACCCAGUGCAAUGGCGAUUGUAGCAAAGCUGAUUUUCAUUCUCUGCAGUUUGGCCUCAAUAACAGUGUCCAAUCAUGAGUUUAAGGAGGUUGGCAGUUCUGUUCAGCUGCACAUAAAAGGCAGUAUAAAACCAUUCAAAACCCUGAAAUGGAUGCAUGGAAGAUAUUUUGUAUUGACAUAUGAUCAAAAAUUGAAUAAGGUAGAACCAGGCCGUUCUUAUAACGGUAGGGUGAAGCUUGAUAAGGACACCUACAGUCUGACGCUGAAAAGCCUACAGAAGAAUGACAGUGGAGUCUAUAUAGCAAGAUCAAUUGAUGAAGAAGGGGAAAACCCUAUUGUUCAGUACAAACUCUCUGUAUUAGAUCCAGUGGAGAGUCCAAUCCUUACUCCUGUCCAUCACCAGCUAAGCAGUGACUCCUGUAAUGUGACUCUCACUUGUAGUGGUCACAACCUCACAAUCCGCUCUAACUGCUCUAGUGAUGUCUGUGAGGAGAAGAAAAUAGAAUCACCAGGAGGCAUCAUCCUAUCCAUGUAUGUCAGUGGAAGCACUAUAAUCUGUAACCACAGCAACCCAGUCAGCUGGAAAAAAAGUGCAAUUAAAGAGAUUAAAGAAAUCUGUUUUUCUAUAGGGCCUACCAACCAACUGCUCUAUAUUGUAAUAGCACUGAGCUGUGUGGCACUUAUCCUCCUUCUGACUGUUAUUGGUUGUGUCAUACAACUUAGGAGGAAGAAAACAGAUGGCAUAGGUUCCCCACUGUGUGACACUGUGUAUGCAGAGGUUGAGAAUGAAAAUGAAAGACCAAGGAAUGGCAUGAGGUUGGAGAUAUCUGGACCUUCAAGUUUGUACAGUGUUGUAGGAGUGCAACUUCCACACAGUGAAGGAUCUACUCACGCUAUGCCAAAUCCUCUGUAUCAUGAGAGAAAUCAACAAGAAACUCAUGUGGACAAAAGACUGCCCAGCACUUAUUACACCUUUGCAGAUACGAGAUCUGACAACUUCCCAUCAACCAUAUACAGUACUGUGGAUCAUUCUAAGCCUGGAACCAUUUAUGGGGUAGUGAAAGGUCAAUAAAGCUGCAGAGGGAGCCCCAUCACUUAUGAGAAACUAAAACUUUUAUAUUGUCACCAACUGCAAUCAAGCAGCCUAAACAUCCCAUGCUCCUUCAAGACAUUUGCGUAAAGCUUUACAGUGAUUGUGUUAUGUAUAGUUCUUUUCACCUUGAUCGUGGAGUACUGGGGAUAAACUUAGCUGUUACUUUGGGACACAAAAUUGCUUUUUCUUUUUUUCUUUUUUUUUCUAAUUAUGGUCCAUGUCUAGGCCAGAGUAUUGUCUUUUUCAUUGUGUGUGUGUAAUAUAAUUUCAUGCAGAAAUGGAUUUCUUAAUUUAUUUUUUUAUUUAAUAUAUUUGUCUCUAUUAUAGAAUUUCAGCCAGGAUUCAAACAUUUGACAUAUACAAAACAUGGAUUUCUGUAUAUUAAAUCCUUAAAGUAAAUUAUUGGAGUUUUGUAUAUUCAUUUAGUAUAUAGCCAUUUUUAAAAUGAUUUGUAGAGUAAAUUCUCUGUAAUCUAGAUUUUCACAUUUUAAAGGCUUGGUUUUACUUAAUCAAGUCACAUUCACCAAUGGUCAGGGAUAAAUGCUAUGUUUUGGUAUUUUUAUUAUUUAAUCUUGGAUUGCCACUAUUUUGCUUUUAUAACAGUUUUAAAAAAAGAUGGCAUUUUACAAGUAAGGUUAACUAAAUUAUU